AUGAGUUCGCUGAACUCUACACCUGGGACCUCUGACUACAGGGGAUCCCAAAAUGAAAACCCAACUAACAGAAGCUACUCUGCUGCACUUACUCAACAACACUGUCCCACCAAAGAACAAGCUAUCAUAUUCAACGCUAUAGACGGAAUCCGACUUCAAGACUAUCUUAUCAAAGUGGGAUCCAUAAUAAACCCUAAAAACAUACUGUUUGCAUCAAGAUUAUCGAACAAGAGAAUAUGCAUGUACCUUUCGAGCAAAGAGACAGUCGAUAAAUUUAUGAACGAAAAUGGAAUGAUCGAAAUAAAUGGUGAAUCCCUUAGAGCGAGGCGACUAAUAACCCCUGCUGAGCGGCUCGUCCUGUCCAAUGUGUCUCCAACUAUUCCUCAUGACCUACUUAACCAUGAAUUACAAAAAAUUGGCCUUUCUCCGGUUUCCCCUAUAUCUUUUUUGCGAAUAAGCGCAUCCAUCUCUGAAUACAGCCAUAUUCUGAGUUUCAGAAGACAGGUUUAUAUCAGUAGUCCAGAUGUAACAAUCCCGGAAUCAAUUAUGAUAACUUUUGACGAUACAUCCUACCGUAUUUUCCUCUCCCAAGAUGGACUCACCUGUUUCAGCUGUAAGAAGGCUGGACAUAUUUCUUCGCAGUGUAAAACCUCUUCGAAUGAAACAACAGUAGUAUCAAAUACAGAAGACAUUUCAGGAGAUCCACAACAACCAUCCGAUCCACAAGUUCUGCCAACUCUAAAUACAGUGACCAGUAAACGUCCUGUAGAAGAUAUACUAACACCAACUGAGGAAAUUACUGAAACGGAUAAAGAAGAAACCACAGAUGAUCCGUUCAUUAAACCCUCGAAAACGUCUCGAGCCAAGAAACCAAAACCUAACCAACAAAUUGAAGAUUCAUUCAAACCUACGGAAAACUUCAUAAAAACACACUCACCUGCAUUCGUACUAAAUUACACUCAAAUUAAGGAUCUUUUCGACAAUGCUUGGGGAUCUACUGAUCCAAAAUAUAUCCACACUUCACUGAGAGAAAUAUCAAAUCAAGAUGUACUAAACUUAAGAAAAAACUGCUGA